GGGGGCUGCUCCAAGAAUAUGUUUUCCAGUGUGCUUCCUCAUAUAGAAGUGGCUGGAUUUAGCUCCAGACAGAGUAACUGAGAAGUUACAAGGAGGAUAUCAAGUACGCUGGACUUAAGCUAAACUUUUCAGAGGUUAAAAUGCCAGGUUGUAAUUCAUCAGCUUUCCCCUUGGAUCUGUUGAAAAGUCCAGAAAAAAAACCCCCUGGCUGGUAUCUGUCACUGAUGGCUCCCAAUGAAAAAGGACCAAACUAUGCCUGGCUCGACCCAUCAAGACUGUACUGUAAUCAGCAUGCCCUGCAAGACUGCAUUGAAGAUCUGCUACAGCCCUUUAAGAAUGAGCAAAUUGAUCUUGUUGCAGGGAUUGAUGCAAUGGGUUUCAUACUAGGCGCUGCUAUUGCAUCUCACUUAAAGAAAGGAUUCCUAGCGAUCAGGAAAGCCGGCCAUCUUUGUGUGAAGACACAUAGUCAAUCAUAUGUGGACUAUUCUGGCAGGGAAAAAACUGCAGAGGUUCGGAAAGAUGCCAUUAAACCAGGUCUACGUAUACUAUUGGUAGAUCAGUGGAUUGAAACUGGAGGAACCAUGAGGGCUGCUAUCAAAUUGGUGGAAGAACAAGGUGGAGUUGUUGCAGGUGUUGCUACCAUUUGUAUUGAAGACAGUGAAGGAGGCAGAUGGGUGAAAGAAAAUUACAAAUGUUCCGAUUGUGUUCCCGAUGACCUCAGAAGCCAGUUCAAUGGGCAUUUCCUGGACAGCUUUAAUGCCUUCAACAGCCAGCAUAUGAAAAAUUAAUUAUCUGUCCAUUACUGGACAAUGCAGAAGGAAGGCUUAAUCUAGCAUAUCUGAGAUAAGCAGAUCUAUUUUCAUAGAAUGUGAACUCAAUCUAGAUUACAAUGAAUAUUAUAUGUUCUAAUGCAUGUAAAUCUAUGCUAUGAUGUCAAAGCUGCAGUUUAUUCUCCCAAUGCAAUCAGUCCUAACUGAAAAGAUUAUGGAUUUCAAAGAGAACCAGUUAUGUUUGCAGCUCAAUUGUACCUACUGGGUAGAGUGAGGCAUGAGGAGAUGUUGGUGUUGCAGCACCAGGUGCUGUGUACUGAAAAGGUUAGCGAGAACCAGAAUAAUAAAAAUUCUGCGUUAAUGUGGGUAAUAGAGGUAAAAAAAAAUGUCUGCUGCUUACCCCACUAAGUGAAGUAAUGAAUAGACAGGGGAGGGGUUAAUGGCGCUGCCAGCAGCGAGAAAUUGUAUAUAGUUACUCAAAU